AUGGCGCACAUGACGAACCCGCUGGCCACGGCCGAGCAGCUCUACAAGCGCAAUACCUUCAGCUCCCUCCCGCCCGACCUGCAGGAUGUCAUAUUCUACGCGACCCAGGUCCUCACACAGGCCGCCGGCGUGCUGCUGGACCUGCCGCAAUCGACCACGGCCCAGGCCAAUGUUCUCCUGGCGCGGUACUGGCUCGUCGAGUCGCCAAUGACAUCAGAAUUCAGCGACGCAUCCGCCGCCGCGCUCUACCUAGUCUCCAAAAUGGGCCCCUUCCCCCGCUCGACCCGCGACGUAUCGAACGUCUACGCGUUCCUCCUCUCCUCGGCAUCACCCCUCUUCCGCGGCGAGCCGCCGGAUCUGACGAAGAAGAAGGACCGCCCGGACCCGACGACCUACUACCAGACCGACGGCGAGUACGCCGCCUUCCAGACGCGGAUGCUGGCCGCGGAGGCGCGGAUCCUGUGGGCGCUGGGGUUCGACACGGCGGUGGCGCUGCCGCACGCGCUGGCCGUCACGUAUCUGCAGGCGCUGGAUUUCCUGGGGAAGCCGAGGGCCGAGGUGGCGGGGAGGGUCGUCGCGCACCUCAACACGGCGCUGCUGAGCCCGCAAAUGUUGUAUCUCACGCACCAGCCCAACGCGCUGGCGACGGCGGCGGUGUAUAUUGCCGCGAGGGAGGCCGGGGCCAAGAUGCCCGAGGUGUCGUGGUGGGAGGUCUUCGACGUCGAGCGGGAGGAGCUCGGGUUUCUUGUUGUAGGGUUUCGGAGUCUCGAAAGCUGGGUGAGGGGGGUCAAGGAGAGUGGGUUGUUAAGCGCCGGGAUGGUUACGAGGGCGGGGAUCGAGAGGGAGGCUAGGCGGAGAGCUGGGGAAGGGGAUGAGGAGGAUGAGGUUAUGAGGUUGAUGGACCAGAAGACUGCGUAG